UAUUUUGUUAUACAGAGACGUCCGCCAUUGUCGCGUCUAUCGUCAAAUAAAAAGUGUGAAAAUCGAGAGACCUAAAACUCAUUCAAAUUGUGCAAAUAGCUAGCAUUUUAACGGCCAAUCCAGUGCAAAACGAACACACAUAAACCGCAGCGAAAUGGCCUCGCCCUCGCCGGCGAAUAGUCCGAUGCCGCCACCGCAAGCACCCAGCCCCAUGGCACCGCCAUCUCAGAGUCCUGCGCCCUCGCCGCACAGUCCCUAUCCGCACCAGCCGCCCCAAGGACCGCCACAAGGACCACCGCCCGGUGCACCCCACAUGCAGGGGCCUCCACCGCCGGGUCAUCCAGCUGGACCGUACGGCCAUCCCAUGCAGCAUGGACCACCUGGACAGGGUCCUCCAGUACACCAUAUGCCACCGCAUCAUCAGGGCAUGACCCCGCAUAUGGGCAUGCAAAUGCCACCAACUGGACCGAAUAUGUCGCCACUUGGCUAUCAGCACGGCAUGCCGCCCAAUGGUCCGCCGCAGCCUGGUCAGGGUCCGCCUGGUGGUCCGCCCGGUGGCCCGCCCGAACGUUCUGGCCAAGAGAAUCUACAUGCUUUGCAGCGCGCCAUUGACUCGAUGGAGGAGAAGGGUCUGCAGGAGGAUCCACGUUAUUCACAACUCUUGGCCAUGCGCGCCACCUCCAAGCAUCAGCAUCUUAAUGGCAAUCAGGUAAAUCUGCUGCGCACACAGAUUACUGCCUAUCGGAUGCUGGCGCGCAACAAGCCCAUUUCCAUGCAGAUGCAGCAGGCACUGCAGGCGGCACAGCAGCAGCAGCAGCAGCAGCAACAGCAACAACAACCGCCACAACCCAUUGGACCACCGGGUAUGCCGGGUGGACCGCCACCGGGUGGGCCGCAUGCGGGUCCGCAACCUAUGCAGGCGCAACAACCGCCCUCAACGGGCACACCGCCGCAAUGUUCCACGCCACCAGCUAGUCCAUAUGGGCCGCCUGGGCCUGGUCAGAAAAUGCAGCCAGCGCCUCCGCCGCAUAUGCAGGGGCAACCGUUGCAGCCACAGCCUCCACUAAUUGGCGGCGCACCACCACCGCCCCAGCAGCACCAACAGCAGCUUCAACAGCAACAGCAGCAACAACAGCAGCAGCAGCAACAGCAGCAGCAGCAACAGCAGCAGCAGCAACAACAACAGCAGCAGCAACAAAUGCAGCAGCAGCAACAGCAACAACAACAGCAGCAGCAGCAGCCACCGCAUGAGCAAAUGCAGCAUCAGCAACACAAUGGCGGUAAGCCGCUGGCCAUGGGCCCUGCUGGCGGACCGCCGCUGAUACCAGCCACGCCCAUGCAGGCGCAGGGCAUACGGCCCGCAGCUCCAUGUCUGCCCGGCAGUCAGGUGGUGCCUCCGGGGCCACCACGGCCGGGUGCGCCGCCUGGACAACAGCAGCCGAUGGCCAAGCCGAACCGCGUAACCACUGUGGCCAAACCGGUGGGUCUCGAUCCCAUAACGUUGCUGCAAGAGCGCGAGAAUCGCAUUGCCGCUCGCAUUUCGUUGCGCAUGCAGGAACUGCAACGUCUGCCUGCUACCAUGUCCGAGGAUCUACGUCUGCAGGCCGCCAUUGAGUUGCGGGCAUUGCGUGUUCUGAAUUUCCAGCGCCAGCUGCGUAUGGAAAUCGUACAGUGCACCAGGCGAGACACUACUCUGGAAACGGCCAUCAAUAUGAAGUUCUACAAGCGUACCAAGCGCCAAGGCUUGCGAGAGGCACGCGCCACCGAGAAGCUGGAGAAACAACAAAAGCUCGAGGCGGAACGUAAACGCAGGCAGAAGCAUCUGGAGUUCUUAUCUGCUGUGCUGCAGCAUGGCAAGGAUCUGCGUGAAUAUCAUCGCAACAACAAGGCUCAGCUGGCGCGCAUGAACAAGUCGGUGAUGAACUACCAUGCGAAUGCGGAACGCGAACAGAAGAAGGAACAGGAGCGCAUUGAGAAGGAGCGUAUGCGGCGCUUGAUGGCUGAGGAUGAGGAGGGCUAUCGCAAGCUGAUUGAUCAAAAGAAGGACAAACGUUUGGCAUUCCUGCUGUCGCAGACAGACGAGUAUAUUAGCAAUCUCACACAGAUGGUGAAGCAGCAUAAGGACGAUCAGAUGAAGAAGAAGGAGGAGGAGGGCAAACGUCUGCAGCAAUACAAAAAGGAGCUGCUCAUGAGCGGCGAAUAUGUCAACAUUGAUGAGAGCAGUAUUGCGGCCGACAUGCGCGUCCAUGUGGUGGAGCAGUGCAGCGGCAAGAAGCUAACCGGAGAUGAUGCACCCAUGCUUAAGCAUUUACAUCGCUGGCUUAACAUGCACCCGGGUUGGGAUUGGAUUGACGACGAUGAUGAUGACAAUGACGAGUCGCCCGAGAAGAAGCCAAAACCAAAGCUAGAGGAACAGCCGCAAUUGGAGCGCAACGCUGCUGCCGAGGGAUCUGAGGAUGUGACAGAUAAAUCUGCGCAGCCAGGCGACGCGGGUGCCAAUGACCUGAUGAAUCAAGUUAAAGUGGAGGACGAUGAGUAUCGUACGGAGGAGCAGACAUACUACAGCAUUGCGCACACCGUGCACGAGAAGGUCUUCGAGCAGGCUAGCAUCAUGGUCAACGGUCAGCUGAAGGAGUAUCAGUUGAAGGGUCUCGAAUGGCUGGUUUCGCUUUACAAUAACAAUUUGAAUGGCAUUUUGGCCGAUGAGAUGGGUCUGGGCAAGACCAUCCAAACGAUUUCUCUGGUCACCUAUUUAAUGGAUCGCAAAAAGGUUAUGGGUCCAUACCUAAUCAUUGUACCACUCUCUACGCUGCCCAAUUGGGUGCUAGAGUUUGAGAAGUGGGCGCCUUCCGUCGGCGUCGUUAGCUAUAAGGGCAGUCCACAGGGUCGACGUCUGCUCCAGAAUCAAAUGCGAGCCACCAAAUUUAAUGUGCUGCUGACCACAUACGAGUAUGUGAUCAAGGACAAAGCGGUUUUGGCCAAGAUACAAUGGAAGUAUAUGAUUAUCGAUGAGGGCCAUCGCAUGAAGAAUCAUCAUUGCAAAUUGACGCAGGUGCUCAAUACGCAUUACAUAGCGCCUUAUCGGCUGCUCCUUACGGGUACACCACUACAGAACAAGCUGCCCGAGCUCUGGGCACUGCUUAACUUUUUGCUACCUUCAAUUUUCAAGUCGUGCUCCACUUUUGAGCAGUGGUUCAAUGCGCCAUUCGCCACCACUGGCGAGAAGGUUGAAUUGAAUGAGGAGGAAACCAUUUUGAUCAUUCGACGUUUACACAAAGUGUUGCGUCCUUUCCUGCUGCGUCGUCUCAAAAAGGAGGUGGAGCAUCAGCUGCCGGACAAGGUCGAGUACAUUAUCAAGUGCGAUAUGUCCGCGUUGCAGCGUGUCCUCUACAAGCACAUGCAGAGCAAGGGUGUCCUGCUCACCGAUGGCUCUGAGAAGGGCAAGCAUGGCAAGGGCGGGGCCAAGGCUCUGAUGAACACCAUCGUUCAGCUGCGUAAGCUUUGCAAUCAUCCAUUCAUGUUCCAGCACAUCGAGGAGAAGUACUGCGAUCAUACUGGAGGACACGGCGUUGUUUCAGGGCCUGAUCUAUACCGUGUGUCGGGUAAAUUUGAGCUGCUGGAUCGCAUCUUGCCCAAGCUGAAAGCAACCAAUCAUCGUGUGUUGCUCUUCUGUCAGAUGACCCAGUGCAUGACCAUUAUUGAGGAUUACCUCGGUUGGCGCCAGUUUGGCUACUUGCGUCUGGAUGGUACCACCAAGGCCGAGGAUCGUGGCGAAUUGCUGCGUAAAUUCAAUGCGAAGGGCUCCGAUUAUUUUGUCUUCUUGCUGUCCACACGCGCUGGUGGCCUCGGUUUGAAUUUGCAGACAGCCGACACAGUUGUUAUUUUCGAUUCCGAUUGGAAUCCGCAUCAGGAUCUGCAGGCACAGGAUCGUGCUCAUCGUAUCGGUCAGCGGAAUGAGGUGCGUGUGCUGCGUCUCAUGACGGUCAAUUCGGUUGAGGAGCGCAUUUUGGCCGCGGCUCGAUACAAGCUAAACAUGGACGAGAAAGUCAUUCAGGCGGGCAUGUUCGAUCAGAAGUCCACGGGCAGUGAGCGUCAGCAAUUCCUGCAAACAAUUUUGCAUCAGGACGACAAUGAGGAGGAGGAGGAGAACGAAGUCCCAGAUGAUGAAAUGAUUAAUAUGAUGAUAGCGCGCAGUGAGGAAGAAAUUGAAAUCUUCAAGAAAAUGGAUAUUGAACGCAAGAAAGAAGAUGAGGAUAUUCACCCGGGUAGAGAGCGUCUAAUCGAUGAGUCCGAGCUACCCGACUGGCUGACCAAGGACGACGACGAGGUGGAGCGUUUCCAUUAUCAAUAUGAUGAGGAUACCAUAUUGGGUCGCGGAUCACGACAGCGCAAGGAAGUUGACUAUACGGACAGCUUGACCGAAAAGGAGUGGCUGAAGGCUAUCGAUGAUGGCGCUGAAUUUGAUGAAGAGGAGGAAGAGGAUAACGACUCUAAGCGCAAACGUCGCAAGCGCAAGAAUCGCAAAGAUGAGUCCGAUGAUGAUUCGCUUAUAUUGAAGCGCAGACGCCGCCAGAACUUAGACAAACGCUCCAAGAAGCAAAUGCACAAGAUUAUGAGCGCGGUCAUCAAGCACACACAGGAUGGUCGCACGCUGUCAGAGCCAUUUAUGAAGCUACCCUCGCGUCAGCGACUGCCCGACUAUUAUGAUAUUAUCAAGCGACCGGUAGACAUUAAGAAAAUACUGCAGCGCAUCGAGGACUGUAAAUAUGCAGAUCUCAAUGAGUUGGAAAAGGACUUUAUGCAGCUCUGCCAGAAUGCGCAAAUCUACAAUGAGGAGGCGUCGCUCAUUUAUCUCGAUUCCAUAGCGUUGCAGAAGAUUUUUGUCGGUGCGAGGCAAAGGAUAACAGCAGCAGCCGAUGCGUCUGCUGUGGCCGCAGGCGAAAAUACUGGCGAUGCUCAUGGGAAUGGAGGUGGCGCAGGUGUUUCUGAUGAUUCAGAUAAUGAUGGCGACGACGGUGAUGAUGGUUCGGAUGAUGAGGAGAUAGCCACCACAUCUGCGGCGGCAGUUAAAAUGAAGCUGAAACUUAACAAAUCGCUGGCCAGUGCACCAUCCACGCCCACACAAUCCUCAACAGCUGCCUCGGUGGCCAGUGGUGCAGCGACCACAUCCAAGAAACAAACGCGUCGGAAGCGCGCUCAAAAGAAGUACACAAUUUCGGAUGAUGAUGACGAUGACAUGGACUAGCUGCCACUGGGCGUCAUUUUCAAGCGCGCAUCGAACGGUGCCGAAUUCAACUAACAUUUAGUUUAUUUUAAGUUCUUUUAGCCACACCCCAACUCAGUUCAACCUACCUACCCCAAGCACCACAGCCCCGAGCAUCCCAAUCCCACGCAGCAUUGCAAUAAUGAAACUUUCUACAGUUUUUCGCACAUACAAAAAAACAAUGAUAUAUUCAUAUAUAUUUAAAGCAAAUACUUUUUAAAUAAAUCCACAGUCUGUCCUAAAUAAUCCAGACUGUCUUUAUAGAAAAACAAAAACAAAUAUACUGGAAUUUACAAAACAUACAAAAA